UAACCCUUUCUCGUAAACAAAAUGUCAUCAAAAUUGAUAAGAAUUUCUGUGUUAGCUGUCACAAAUACUUAGUAAUAAAUGAGAUUUAUUAAACAAUAAUUGAAAAUUGGUCAAUACCUUGCUCAUUAAAUAGUAACCAAGUACUUGUGCUAGUCCAGAAACAAACUUCGAAAAUGCAAGACACAAGACCUGAGUUAUACGAAGAAGUAAAGCUUUACAGAAAUGCUAGGGAACGUGAAAAGCAUGACAAUAUGGCAGAGCUGUAUGCUGUGGUCAGCACGCUACAGCACCUAGAGAAGGCGUACAUGAGGGACUGUGUGCGCGCCCAGGAGUACACAGCAGCAUGCAGCAGGCUGCUGGUGCAGUACCGAGUGGCCUUCAAACAAGUUCAGGCUGACGAGUUCCCUAACAUUGAGGCUUUUGUGGCUAAAUAUAGGCUGGACUGUCCCGCUGCCCUGGAGAGGAUAAGAGAGAACAAACCAAACCUAAUCAAAGAUGACAAAGGAAAUACAAACAAGUACAUUGCCGAGAUUGUGUCUCUGUUCAUAACCCUGAUGGACAAGCUUCGCCUGGAGUUCCGCGCCAUGGACAUGAUCCAGCCGGAGCUGCGCGACCUCCGCGACACCAUGGACCGCCUGCUCAUGCUGCCCGAGGACUUCGAGGGCAAGAUCAAGGUACAAGAAUGGGUGGACAAGUUAUCAGAGAUGUCGGCAUCGGACGAGCUGUCGGAGAGUCAGGUGCGGCAGCUGCUGUUCGACCUGGAGACCUCCUACGGAGCCUUCAACAAGUUCCUGCACAAGGACUGAGCUAGCGUGAUAGAUGAGACCUGGCUCAAACUGUAUAUAGUUCAUCACUGCGUUAUGUACGUUGCUAUAAUAUAUGUAUAUCCCAAAUUGAUUAUAUAAUGUACGGUUAAACACAUUUAUCUUGCAUAAAAACAAUAUACCAGUAGAGUGAUGUUUAGAAUCUCUAAAUAAAUUACUAAAAUAGAACAAAUUUGUUUUCUAAAAGAUCUAGUAAUUAGAUACAGCAGAUUUCAAAUUAUAAUGUAACAUGGUAAAAACACUAAAAACACUUAAAAUGUAUGCUGAGUAUUAUGGGGUAAAUUUUUAUUAUUUCAUCUAUGAAAUAAAAACUCAUCAGAAAUCUUUUAAAAUCUCACAAACAGAAGUGAACCUUAUUGUUAAGGUAGUAAAAUUAAAAAUCGUGGCAUAGUAAUGGAUACUACAGAGUAAAGAUGAUCAUAUCUUUGCUUUGUUUUUUUUUUGUUAAGUCUAUCUAUAAGGAAUCCUCGGUGUCGCUAAUUCGACUCGCUUUGACUGGGUUUUUUCAGCCUGUCUUUUUGUUUUCGGUAACCAUUGCAACGGAUAGAUGUUUCUAAGAUCGUAGCUAAUUCUAUGAAAUUUAAUUCAAGAAGUUUUUGUGACUGAAGAUAUUUUCGAUCUGCUGGGUUAAUUGAAAAUUUCAGGUGGGUUAUUAUGGGUGGUUUACCCCAUUUUACCACAUAAUUCAUUGUUUUCUUAAAAAUUUUGAUAAAUUUUAUCUUUGUAUACGAAACUUUGCUCACGAACAUCACUUGAAAAAAAAAACAACUUGUGAACAAAAAAGUAUUUUGUGUCAGCCAUUUGCAAUUUUAAGCAAGUUAUUGUUUUAAACUCACUACGUUAUUAUUAGAUGUUAUGAACCUAUUAUAUCAUUAUAUUUAAGCGAAUUUAUUACGAAUAAAUUUUAUAUUCCACCAUG